GCCCUGCGCUGGCCCCUUCCCUGUGCCGCCUGCACCGCGCUGGGUCCGACGGCAGCCAGGCUGCCCGCACCGCUACGGCCGCCCGGCGUUUGGGGACCGGCCGGGCCGGACUGGGACCAGUGGAGCAGCACCAGCGUUGCGGCGUGGGGCUCUGUGGCACGAGCGGCGUGGGGCUGGCUCUGCGUCCCGGGCGUCCCGUCGUGGCCCGAGCAUUGCAUCGCGGUGCGGGGCGGGCAUUGCGGCGCGGCGCAGGGCGCCAUGUUCCGGUGCAGCGCACGGUGCUGCGAGAGCAGCACGGCCUCCAUGCAGCAGGUGCAGCAGUGCAUUGAGCGGUGCCACGCGCCCCUGGCGCAGGCGCAGGCCAUCGUCACCGGCGAGCUGGAGCGCUUCCAGGACCGCCUGAGCCGCUGCACGCUGCACUGCAACGACAAGGCCCGGGACUCGCUGGAGGCAGGCGGCACCGAGGCGCGGGUGCGGGCGCAGCUCGACGCCUGCGUGGCCGCCUGUGGCGACGAGCACCUGCGCCUCCUGCCCACCAUGGCCCGGAAGAUGAAGGAGAGCCUGGCCACCCUGGAGCAAUAGCACCGGGCGCUGGGCUGUGGCCCCGGGCUUAUUAAAGGAGAGGAGCAGA